AUGCCACCGCCUCAGCCACCGCACCUUCUGCAGAAGCAGAGCAAGAUGUCGGACCAGGAGUACAACCAGCUGAUACCUGAUGCGUGCAGAUACGACUAUCUCUUCAAGCUUCUGCUUAUCGGUGACUCGGGUGUCGGAAAGUCCUGCUUGCUGUUGCGGUUCGCGGACGACACGUACACCGAGAGCUACAUCUCCACGAUCGGCGUCGACUUCAAAAUCAGGACGAUUGAGCUUGAUGGCAAGACGGUGAAGUUGCAGAUCUGGGACACUGCUGGACAAGAGCGCUUCCGCACCAUCACUUCCUCCUACUACCGCGGCGCCCACGGCAUCUGCGUCGUCUACGAUGUCACCGACAUGGACAGCUUCAACAACGUCAAGCAGUGGCUGCAGGAGAUCGACCGCUACGCGACCGAGGGUGUGAACAAGCUGCUGGUGGGCAACAAGAGCGAUAUGACGGACAAGAAGGUUGUGGAGUACACAGUGGCGAAGGAGUUCGCAGACAGCCUCGGCAUCCCCUUCCUCGAGACCUCCGCCAAGAACGCCAGCAACGUCGAGCAAGCCUUCCUGACCAUGGCGCGCCAGAUCAAGGAGCGCAUGGGCAACACGACCGUCAACAAUAAGCCCACCGUGCAAGUCGGCCAAGGCCAGGGCGUGCAGUCCGGCAGCGCUGGCGGAUGCUGCUAA